AUGUGUAGCGUGAGCAGGGUCCAGUACACCUGUGGCUGUGUCAAGGAUAGCAAGUUUAAGCAGUGCGAGCUGCGUAAAGACACGCCAAUCAAAUGCGACAAGAUUAUCCGGGACAGUCCCGAGCAGGAAAACAGCUACUGCUUGUCCCACUGCAUGUAUGACAGGGGCCGUAAUCUCACGUCGGCCGACUUUGAAGCCGUCAAGAAUGACGCAGCCGAGCAGGUCACAUUCAAGACCCCGAAAGUCUAA